CUGUCCGUAAUUUGUCUCAUUCUUUCUCUGCUAUGGUAUCCAUCAAGCUAACUUGCUCAUGCAAUUCCAUGCCCAGCCAACCCGCGCCUGGAGUACCUCAGUACCUCGCGAUCGCCACCUAGAACUCCUCUUAUCCCCCGGGCAAUAAUGAUGAUGAUACCAGAUCCCUAUAAUAUGAGCCAAGAAAAGGGGAAAAUGAAGAAUGGCCACAAAAAUUUCAAGAAAAAAAAUAUAAUAAAAAAAAGAAAAAAACAGUAUUCAGAGCUCGGGCGAUCAGCUCCCAAUCGCUCCAAAACACCAAAACAGACCCAAAAAGGCAAACAGAGGAAGAAAGCAAGAAGAAUAAUGGAUAAUAAAAGCCAUAAUGAUAAUAAUUGCCACAGACCUCAGCAAGCCCACAGCCCUGAUCCCAAGAUAAACUCCCAGAGUCCCGUUACAUCCUCCGGGUUGGAGCGAGGUGAGGCAGGGCCGCUCACCCGGCAGCGCCGCCGCUAUGCCCAGCAUGCCAGUUGCCCCCAGAACCACGUUCUCCAAAAAGAAAAGAUCCGAUUUGAUUCGAGCCGCAUUGAACCGUAUGGGAGAAAACCAAAAGAAACCACCAACACCGAUGCAUGAAUCGUUCGUUGGAGACCCCUUGGAUAGAAAAGAAAACGUAAUUCGAACAGAAGCAGAGCAGAGCAAUGCAAGCUCGGCCUCUCCUCAUCGGUAUC